CCCCAUCACACACCUCUUCACCAAGGGGUUAACGCCAACCCUCCAGAACUUUUCGAAUCGCUAAUGCUUCUUCAAUCAGAAGGGACUUAUCACCCCCGGAGGCUGACGCCCGAGGACACACCGCGACCUGGCCUUUGAGACAUGGUACCGGGGGGGUAUUUGCAGAUCAUGUAACCCGCUGCAGACCUUUGGGGAUGUCAAAAGUGGGAUUACUUCAAGCUUUUAGGAAAGCCACAAUGAGCCAGGCGUCCGACCCCAGCACCCCUUCCAGAAGGGCAAAGGUCACCAAGCCGGCGGCGGCCAAGGCCGUGUCUCCGGACGAACCCGCGCCGCCCUGUUUCGUCCGUAAGCUCCGCAAGGCGGCGGUGGGGACGGGGUGCGACAUCCGCCUCAGGGUGUCCGUCCUGGGGAACCCGGAGCCCAAGCUGAGAUGGUACCGCAACAAGAGGCCGCUGCCGCCCAGCGAGGCCCAGGACCCAGGCGGCCUGUGGAUCAGGGACUGCCGGACCUGCGACGCCGGGCUGUACACCUGUGUGGCGAGCAACACCCUGGGCGAGGCGACCAGCAGCGCCGUGCUUGCCGUCAUGGACCUCGGAGAAGGACGGCGCCUUCCACAGCACAUUGUCCCCGUCAAGGCACCGGAAUUGAUGAGUGAAGGGGCCAGAGGGAAGAGUGCCACCUAUUGGGCACCACCCGACACCACUUGGUAUUCCCCGGCGGUCUCCCAUCCAAGUACUAACCUGGCCUGACCCUGCUUGGCUUCCGAGAUCAGAUGAGAUCGGACUCUGAGACCACAGAAGACGAGGCCACUGAGCCUCUGGGCCCCAUGGAAACCAAGGCGGGGCUGGGGAGGCCUCAAGGCACCCAUCGAGGACCCCCAGGUAAGACCCUCGAACACACACACUGGGUCUGUUGGGUUUUGUUUGCCUAUCUUCCACAUCUUAACACACACGGUUAGCUUGCUAACCGUGAUGUUCAUCCACAGUAGCAUGCGCAGAGACAAUGGCCCUCAUUUAUCAAACGAACGUAGAAAUUAGCGCAAAUCUGAACGCAUGAUUCAUUUUACGAUAGGACCAACGUGAGAUUCACGAAACUUUCGUAUCACACCAAUCCCAGCAUACGAAGGAUCUUGGUGUUGAUAAAUACGGCGGCUGAGAUCUAUCGUAAUUAAUUUAACACGCCCAUAUAAAAGCACGUCUUCAGAAGUCUCGCCCCUAACUUUUACAACAUGGAGAAACGUCCAACGGUAAAAAAAAAAGAGGAAUUUUUCCGAGACCGAAAUGGAGACGCUCGUGUCACUGGUGGAUGCGAACCGUCUGGUUUUGUUUGGUAGCCUAAAAGCUGGCAUUAAAGGCAAGCAAAAUAAUGCUAUAUGGAAGGAAAUAAAUGUUGCAGUGAAUAGUGUUUCCAAUGUUCAUCGGGCUACGGAAGAGGUUUGUUAAUUAAAUUAAUUAGGCUAAAUAAUAAAUUAAAUGUCAAAUUUCUGUUAUCCAGCUUAAAACAUUUCACAUAUAUGCUAUUGUUUGCAUUGCGUUAAAGUUAUUUUAUUCCGAAUAAGAUGAAGAAAAAAUGGUCCGACAUGAAGCUCAGCACCAAAAAACGUGUUGCGGCUGUGAAGCGGGCCAAGCAAGAAACGGGAGGAGGCCGGGUGGACCCUAGCCUUGAACUGACAGCAUUUGAGGAGCGAGUGGCUGGUCUCAUCGGGUCUCCCUCCAUUUCAGGCAUAAGUGGCAGAGGAGACACCGAUGCACUCCAGACCAGUCAUGGAAGUGGUAAAAAGGCCUUUGCAAUUAUUUAAAAAAUAUAUAUCUACAGCUUCCGUGUUACAAAGUAAUGGCACAAAUAAUCUCAUGAUUGGCCUACAUCGCUCCACUGUUGCCCUUGUGCGCGUGUGAGCGCUGUUAAAGUUGCGCUCCUGAUCCGUGUUCGGAUGAGCCAGAGGAGUUAUUAGGUAGGUCGUUCAGGGCAUAGCCUUUGUCACCUAGAUGAAUCAUAUCAAACUUUUAGUGCGAUGUCUUUUUUUUUUUUUCAAGAGAAAAAAAAGUGUGACUGCAGCGUAACUCACCGAGGAGAUGACUCUGACCAUGUAGUGCGCCCUGAUGUAGACGAUGCACAACGUUGCUAUUUUGGAAAAUAAAAGAAUCGUGCGUGCCCCCAGGCCAUCGGUCUACCAUGUUCAGGAUUGACAUUCUGGCAUCGCAAAUAAUCUGAACAUUAACUGAAUGGUAGCUUUUGCAGUUGAUGUACGCGUAAUCAUUAAUAGAUGGUGGCUUCAUACGCACAUGGGUAUACCAAUCAACCGCACCAAUCACAUUUGGAAACCUAGCAAUAGCAUAAAAAUCCCGUUUUAUUCCAGUUUGCUGAUCGUUAUUACAUGGGAAUUUAAUAUAACGUUCGGAGAGGGACAUUAUAGCUGCCAAAACUGCUGGCAUGGUUCGGCUAAUACUUGGCUGGGAAAUACCAGACCUGUCCCCGAUCUCCCGCUGAAAGGUCCCGGUGGCCAAAAACCCCAAGGUAGAUCACACCUGCACUGGCACAGGUAUUGCGUUUGAUCGCCUAGUUUCUCGCCUUAACUGUGGCUCCAAAAGCAUUGCAUAGCUCCAUCGGGAGAUGCCU